CGACAGACAGCCAGACAGACAGACAGACAGGCAGGCAGGCAGACAGCUGCUGACAGCGGACGCCAGGACGCCGUAACCUCGCCGUGUUGCACCGGGACGCAGCGCCGUUUGUUGACGUCGGUCACCGGAGAGCAGAACGCAGCGGAGGAGGGUCGCAGCCGCUGGAGCUCCACUGCGACGCAUCUGCGCAGCGAACUCGAGAGGCUACAAAACAAAACAAACAAACAAAUAAUUAAAAAAAAAAACAAAACAUCGCAACAUCGGCGUCUCCAAAAUGCCGUUUUCCGUUAACGGCAUCCUUUGCACGCUCGCGCUGCUGGUCCUGUGGCGCGCGGAGGAGCUCGCGGAGGCGUGCAGCUGCGCUCCGGUUCAUCCGCAACAGGCUUUCUGCAACGCCGACGUAGUGAUUCGAGCGAAGGUGGUGGGAGAGCGAGAGGUGGAUUCUGGGAACGAUAUCUACGGAAACCCCAUCAAGAGGAUCCAGUAUGAGAUCAAACAGAUCAAGAUGUUCAAGGGUCCCAACCAGGACAUCGAGGCCGUCUUCACAGCUCCCGUCUCCGCCGUCUGUGGCGUAACUCUGGACGCCACCGGCAAGAAGGAGUACUUGAUCUCAGGCAAGGCCGAGUCCGGCGGGCGCAUGCACGUGACCCUGUGUGAUUACAUCAUGCACUGGGACUCCUUGAGCGCCACCCAGAAGAAGAGCCUGAGCCAGCGCUACCAGAUGGGCUGCGACUGCAAGAUUGUGCGCUGCCCCUCUCUGCCCUGCGAGAUCUCGGCUCCCGAGGAGUGCCUGUGGACGGACCUGAUGAUCGAGAAGCAGGUCCACGGUCGCCAGGCCAACCACUACGCCUGUGUGAAGCGGGCGGACGGCUCCUGCUCCUGGUACCGCGGCGUGGCACCGCCCAAGAAGGAGUUCCUGGACGCCGAGGACCCUUAGUCACGUGGCCACGCGCGACUGCCCACUGCACAGCCUGACGGAGAUAAAUGUAAACGAUUCCAUUAGAAAAUUUAACGAAAAACAGCAUCAGGCAAAGUGAUUUUUUAAAUAAUUUUGGGGAAAAAAAAUUGUGGCUGAAAAAUCACCUGCUGGUCUGAGAACAACCUCCGGCUUCUCUCGUCGUCCGCGAGGCAGCUUUGGACCUCAAACUCCCUCCGUGACCCCAGAGAGGCUCAGAGGUUCUUCUCAGACUCGGCGUCUCUGUAAAAACAUAAAGUAGCAUCAUGAGACAUAGACUGGUCGAGUGAUGAACUCCUCCUGAGGCUGGCGUCAGGAGGAUGACGUGAGACGGAGCUCUCCCUGCCCCCCCACCGAGCUCCACUCUCCACCAAUCAGCCCCCCGAUCUCCAGACCAUCAUUCGUUACCCAUCGUGUUCCUACUUUUAUUACCUCAUUCUCCUGUUUUAUUCCAAAGCCAAAUUCCAAGUUGCCUUUUUUUUUUAAACGAUUGUGUCCCUCUUUUCUUUUAUUCGUUAACACUCUCCUCGUUUUCUCUGCUGGGAAACUGUUUAGUGACGUCGGACGCCCGCCUUCUUUAACAAAGACCAUCUUUUUAUUGGGUGAACAAACUCGUUGUUUUUUUAAAAUUAAAUGACGCCUGUGACCGUGACAGGCCUCACUGGACCAGUCUAUGCUGCGUGAAGGUGAGAAAUUCAAAACAAGAAAUCUUCACUGCCCCGAUCAGAAAUAUCCCAAAUUCCUCCUCUUUUCUUCUUCUUCAGAUCCCCUCGUUAUGUAGCUGUACAGUACCUAUGCAUAUACUUUUGUUGUUACUUGAUGAUUAUUAUUUACUGCAUUAGAACUAGAUUUGCACUUUUUGAGGAUGAGUAAAGACAAGAGCCUGAACACUCUGAUGUGACAGUUGUUACCGUUCGCCCAGAACCGACAGAUCCACCUCAGGUGCAGAUUUCGAGUGCUUUUUUUUUUUUUCGGUGAUCCAUAUUCACAAGCCUGCUCUGUCUUUGUCAUAACGGAUAAAACAGUACUCGCAGUGAAAGGUUGAAUAAAUAAAAAUGUAAAAAAAACAAAAAAAACAAGUGGAUGCGUGAGAGGUUUGGAAACAAGGGAUUCUUUUUGCAGAUUUUAUGUGUGAAAGAGAAACUUUAAGAAAAAAGCAAACAAAAAAAAAGAGCUCGUGGGAUGUUAUUUCAGUGUCUUUGUAUUAUCUGUUGAUUGUAAAUGCAAACAGCAGCCGAUAUACUCUCGCAAGACGGUUCAUUUCAUGAGGUCUUUAACACGCUUAACGUUCGCUUCGACUCGUCUUUCCUGCUCCUCCCAGUUAUUAAUGAAAAGCCCUAUCGCUGUCCUAGAAAGCAAGUUACUCAAUCAAAGUUUACAGUGCUGUUUUAUACACCUCAAGCUACAUUAACAUAAAAAAAUAUAUAUAUGAUGGAGUAUUAGAGGCAUAAUUUAAAAGUAAACUCUUUCCAGUUUCCAUUACUUUGUUUUUUUGGUUUUUUUUUUGGUUUUGUUUUUUUUUCCAGUGUUAUUAUUAUCAUGAUUUUUUUUUUUGUGUGUUCUCGCUGUCUUUGUCUACGAUGUCUGUAGCUGUAGUCGAGAAGGUCCUCUUGCGCUGGAGUAACGUGAGAGUGAGAGCGAUGAUGAAUCCUUCGUGGAGAGGUGUAGAGAAACGGGAAACCUUGUGUGAAUAGAGGACUGUGCAUGUGUUUGAUGCUUUGUGUAAGUCCGGGCGAAGGACAAAAAUAUUCAGUAUUAUCAAAUAAAAAAAAACAAAAAAACACAAGUUUGAAAGAG